ACGUAAAAAUUUGAUGGCUGCCAAGUUGACAGCUGUGCUGUACUGUGAACGGAUUUAUUCCAGAAAUUAUUUUUACAGCAAAAUUCUACGAGUAACUCUUCGUAGUUCGCAACUUCAUUAAAAGCGGUACACGUGUAUCUUUGUUAAUGGUAUUUGGCAACAAAUACUUCCCAUUUAAAUGUAUACAAUCAGUGUUAAAAAUUUACUAAUUGACACUUUACUUUGGGACACGUAAGUCUUAAACUAAUGAAAUAGUCGGUGCCUGUUUACUAAACAAUGAGGGGGAUUAAGGUGUUUUUAAUAUGUUUGUGUAUCAUUGUGUCGGCGGCGGAGUUGCUUGGGCCCGAGAGCAAAAAGAAAGAUGACAAAGAUAAGGAGGAGGUUGAAGAAGAUCGUGCUGAGCCAGAGUCCCUUGAUUUCGAGCAGGACUACAUGAAAGGGCUCAACAAGGAAAUUAUAACGUUACAUGAAUAUGCUGAAGCUAUACGGACGACCCAUGAAUUGCCCAAAGAAGAUGAUAUUGCUGAAGAUAAUAAUCAGCAGAAACUGGAGUUUUCUCUGAAGAUGUUGGAGAAAAGCCUACUGCGACAUGCAGAAGGAACUUGGUUGGGAGACUUGAAAGAUGAAGAUUCUGAAAGAGGAGAUCUGGAUAAACUAGAUGGGAACCCACAGGACAUUCUAGACACACUGCCACCUGUGCCUGAAGAAGAGGAACCAGAAUUGACACCAGAGCUAAAAGAAGCUAAAGAGCUCUACGACGCAGCCCUAGCCAAGCUGAACCGCCGCUCGCCCGACCUCCGCGCCUCCAUCCUUCAAGUCAAGGAAGCUGCCGAUAUGGGCUACGCCCCCGCUAAGAUCAAACUAGCUUGGAGCUAUCUGUUCGGAGAGGGAGUAGAGCUAGACUUGGACAAAGCGCGGGGUAUAUUUGAAGAACUGGUCGGAGAAGGGAAUGCUGAUGCACAUGCUGGCAUGGGCUUCCUCUACGCCACCGGUAUUGCCGUCCCGGUCUCGCAAGCGAAGGCCCUGGUGCACUACACUAUGGGCGCCCUGGGGAACAGCGAUUAUGCUCAGAUGGCGCUCGCAUAUCGCUACUGGGCGGGCGUCACCGUGCCCAGCUCGUGCCAAAAAGCCAUGGACUUGUACAUGAAAGUCGCUGCUAAAGUGGCAAGCGGAGUGACGCUAAGCGGAGGCCCAUCAAUCCAGCGGACUCGAUUACUAGACGAGGCCGAAGGCACUGGAGGAGGCGGUGCUUUGGAUUCUGACCUUAUUGAAUACUACCAGCUGUUGGCCGAGAAGGGAGACGUUCAAGCUCAGGUCGGGCUGGGACAGUUGCACUUCCAAGGGGGGCGCGGGGUGACACUGGACGUGAACAAAGCCCUGCAUUACUUCUUGCAAGCGGCUAAGACGGGAAAUGCUGUGGCCAACGCUUUUCUUGGGAAGAUUUAUUUAGAAGGCGGCGACGGCAUCAAGGCAGACAAUGACACAGCAUUGCGCUAUUUCCGCAAGGCCGCAGAACAGAACAAUCCGGUCGGCCAAAGCGGCCUAGGCAUUAUGUAUUUGCAGGGUCGAGGAGUACCAAAGGACACGGCGACGGCGCUCAAAUUCUUCACAAUGGCUGCCAACCAGGGUUGGGUGGAGGGGCAACUGCAUCUCGGCUUCAUGUACUUCAGCGGCAUCGGCGUCCGACGUGACUUCAAGCAAGCCAACAAGUACUUCUCACUGGCCUCCCAGUCAGGACACGUGCUGGCCUUGUACCACCUGGCGCACACUCACGCACAGGGAUUGGGUGUACUGCGCUCUUGUACUACCGCUGUUGAGCUGUUCAAGAACGUGUGCGAGCGUGGUGCUUGGGGUUCGCGCCUCAUGCUAGCCCAUGCUGCUUGGCGCGCUCGAGACUCCGACUCAUCGUUACUGCAAUACCUGUCCCUCGCCGAGCGAGGCUACGAACUGGCCAUGUCCAACGCGGCGUUCUUGCUCGACAUCGGUGAAGUGAGCCUAUUCCCCGAAGAGGAGCGCUACAGACGCGCCCUCCAACUGUGGGGCCGCGCCGCCGCCCAGGGCUACUCCGCCGCGCGCGUCAAGCUCGGCGACUACCACUACUACGGCCAGGGCACCCACCAGGACCUGGAGGCCGCCGCACACCACUACAGGAUAGCCUCAGAGCAACUCCACAACGCCCAGGCGACCUUCAACCUGGGCUACAUGCACGAGCGCGGCCUGGGCCUCGCGCGCGACCUGCACCUCGCCAAGCGGUGCUACGACCUGGCCGCCGACACCUCGCCCGACGCCCGGCUGCCGACUGCGCUAGCUCUGGCCCGACUCAACGCUGAAGCUGCAAUCACGAAACUUGCUAACUCGAUGUGGGUGACCCCCCUGGCGGCCGCCGUGGCCGGCGACGCCGUGUCCAACUGGGACGUGUACCUCAUCACGGCGCUGCUCGGCGCGCUCGGCCUCGUCGUGUACCUGCGCCGCCCGCCCCGCUGACCGCGGCCUGACGAGAGACAGAGUCGAUAAUCCGUUGGACCUUCAAGAUGGUUCUAACAACUUUUUACUACCGUGUCGCGGUAUUCAACCAAAGGUCAAAAAGAAAAACGAAACACAUGCGAGGCCUGAAUAAGUUUAAUUUUUAUCUUAGACAUCUAGUCGCGACAUAACUUAAUUUAUUCAACGCCGUGGCAAAAUCAACUGACCAUACACCCUAAAUGGGCCCAUUGAUUACCAGUUCGCCGGACGAUAUCGGCCUGUCAGUUAUUCGCGAUUGUCAGCUUUUGCGAAUAACUGACGGGCCGAUAUCGUCCGGCGAACUGGUAAUCAAUGGGCCCCUUUACACAGAAGAUUUUCUUUAUAGAAAAUGGGUCUGGGACCCAUUUCUCGAACGGUAUUAAACUAAUACACACUAAUAACGGUAUAAGUAUCGAUAUCCGAUACUUGACGCCGGGAGGCUGCGCGCAGGCCGAUUUGCAUUUUUAUUACGAUUUAUGUGUACUUUUCUGUAUUUCUUCUUCUACGGUGUUCUGUGCUAUUGUCUUUCUUCCGUACUGUACUGGCUAUCUUCUGUGGACUGUGUUUAAUCUAUAAUAAACUUUAUAAAUAUUAAACUACAUCAUAUUAUUUAAUAGACCCAUAACUACAAAUAAUUUUAAUUUUUUUUUUUUUUAAUUUAGUUCACGAAAUGUCAAAUCCUAUGGGUUACCACGGCAACUCACUAAUAAUAUUAGACUAAUACCGUACGAGAAAUAGGCCCCUGGUCUAACAAAUUUAUCCGAAGUCCAAUAUGGAUGGUAAUUUUUUCUUGAACUUUACACUAUAAUUAAUACAAUAUCUCAUCGAUUUUAGUGAAAUAUUAAAUAAAAAAUUCCACUCUUUAACCUUUUCGCCGCUACGUCCAAGAAGUAAAAAAAUGUCGUCAACGCCACGUCAAAACUUGCACGUAUACAAACCUGACCAAAACCACGACUUGAUAUGAAGUCGUGGCGUGUGGGGCACGAAAUGCACUGACUUCAUAUCGAGUCAAUGGCGAAAAGGUUAACUCUGUUUAGUCCUUGCCAUAAGUAACGAUUAUUGUCAUUUUAACGCAAUAUUUAAUACGCAAUACACUUUUGUGAGUCACAUAUAUGACAUUUAUUGUGUCCUAUCUACUAUGGCUAUAUAGAAAGAUUAUUUUAUAUGUGAAAUUUUUAUCCCCCCUUGAACUCGAGACGGCGAAGGAAUAUGCCGUGCCCCGGACGCAAUUAGAUCGCGAUUUUUUUAAGCUAAAUUGAACUUUACGGAAUCCCGCGUAGGUUCCUAUUGCAUUGGCGAAGCUGACGGCUGUAGCCGUCCUUGGCGUUCUAGCAAAACUUUCCGCCCACAGCCGUCUAUAGCGAUCAAAGGGUUAACGACAUAAUAUAUAUUAUAUUAUAAGCCAGAUUACUUUUAAAAAUAUAACAUUUGAAUCGACAUAAACAUAUAACAUGAUCUUUCUGAUAUCUUAGCAAAUAAACUAUGUGAUAGUUUUAUAGUUGUUUAUAAUUGUUGUUAUGUUGAAGAUUUACUUUUAAUGGGUAUAAAUUCGAAACUUCUUUCAGAUUUUAAUUUAUUCAAUUUAUAUUAUUUUUAAAUCGUCGCAAAAUCCCUUUUAACAUAAUCUAUAAAUUUCGAUUUGUUUAUUUGUACGGGCAUCAGGAGCAAAAGUCACUGCUCUGAAUAACGUGCUCAAAAUUGUCUGUACAAGCCAAAACUUUUCUUCGUGUUCUGAUAAUUUUGAGUACUUUGAGUACUUCGAUCGCGUAUUUUACUUUUGCUGCGAUUCUUCCUUUUUCCUUUUUUUUCCUUUUCUUUCUUUUUGCUUUUUUUGCAAUUUGGUCAAGAUUUUCUGUGCAAUAAGCUAGGAGUUUACAUAGAUAUGCAUGUACAAUUUGAUUCACGAAAGCUGUCUCGAAUGGAAUAAACGAAACUUUUAUGUAUGAGGGACACCUGGGCUAUAAUAUAACCGCGAAAAUCGAAGUUCGUCAAUUGCGGGCAUUUUUCUCUGUCACUCUUAUUGGGUCUUAGUGAGAGUAAAAGAGAAAGAUCCUCGCAAUUUGCGAAUUUUUGUUUUUGCGGUAGGCCCGUGUAUUCAGAGCCGUCAUUUUAUUGGUUAAUUGUGAUACAGACAUAUUUUCAUUCACUCAUUCAUUCCAUUCGUGUCAGGGCUAUUACAGCGAAAAUUGAAGUUGAUCAAUUGAGGGCAUUUUUCUCUGUCACUCUUAUUACGGCUUAGUGAGAGUAAAAGAGAAGGAUCCCCGCAUUUCGGUUAUCGUGGUAGGCUCUUGUAAAUCGACUUGUACUGACCACAACAUUCUUAACUGACCAUUUGUAGACCGUAUGUCUUUGCAAUACGGUUUAGAAUUGUCAGUUAACAGUGCGGACGAUGGUACAGUCGCUAUCAGAUAUAUCGGAGCGGCCAAAUAUCUGAAUAACGCCUCUUAUCAAUAUCAAGGCGUUUAAGUGCAUGUUCAAAUAUUUUUGAGUACCUUGGCCGCUCUGAUAUAUCCGAUGACUGUACACACAAUUAAAUAGGGUCACCAUAAUGUAUGGUUAGCAUGGUUAGAUGUUAAAAUGAAUUUGUAAAUAAAACGUGAAAUAUAGAUUUAUAAGACAA